GAUGAAUCCGUAUGUCCGUGUCAGCGAUGUCGGCUGGCGGCCGCUAUUGGCCACUCGGACGGCGCUCAAGUAGCAGUCGCCUCUCUUAGCAUAGAAUAUGCAGAUCUCUUCACAAUUCCUAGCAACAAUUUCCACCAGCAUCACACAAACAUGUAUAAGUUGGCUACAUCACGAACCGCGAGACGGUGUCUCCAAUUGCCUUCACGAACUGCCGCCAUUGGCCGUCGCCAUGCACACACUCCAGCUGCAUUCAACUGGAAGGAUCCUCUAGGAAGCAACAAUUUGUUCACCGACGAGGAAUUGGCCAUUUCAGAGACUGCAGAAUCAUAUUGUCAGGAGCGCAUGCUCCCGCGGGUACUCGAGGCAUUCCGAAACGAGAACUAUGACAGGAAGAUCCUCGAGGAGAUGGGUGAGCUAGGUCUGCUGGGUGCAACUAUCAAGGGCUAUGGUUGUGCAGGUGUAUCCUCUGUCGCCUCGGGAUUGAUCACACGAGCUGUUGAGCGGGUUGAUUCAGGCUACCGUUCAGGCAUGAGCGUACAAUCAUCAUUGGUUAUGGGUGGCAUUGAAGAGCACGGAACACAGGAGCAAAAAGACAAAUUCCUGCCCGAGAUGGCAAAGGGAAAAGUGCUGGGAUGCUUCGGUUUAACAGAGCCCAACCACGGUUCAGAUCCUGGAAGCAUGGAGAGCGUUGCAAAGCCACACCCGACCAAAGAGGGCUACUACAGCCUGUCUGGCGCAAAAACCUGGAUCACCAACUCUCCCAUCGCUGAUGUCUUCUUGGUCUGGGCGAAACUUCAAGAGACUGGCAAGAUUCGUGGAUUCCUGGUUGAACGAUCAAAGUGCCCUCCUGGUACCCUUGAGACUCCCAAGCUCGGCGACAAGAACGGUCUCCGUGCGUCCAUCACUGGCAUGAUCCAAAUGGACGGUGUUCCGGUUGCCAAGGAGAUGAUGUUCCCUGACGUCGAGGGUCUUCGUGGUCCAUUCUCAUGCUUGAACAGCGCACGUUAUGGGAUCGCUUGGGGUGUCAUUGGCGCAUUGGAGGACUGUAUCGACCGUGCCCGAACCUAUGCUUUGGAGCGCAAGCAGUUUAAGGGCAACCCCAUCGCCAAGUACCAGCUUGUUCAGAAGAAGCUUGCUGACGCCUCCACGGAUGCUGCAUUCGGAAUCCUCGCUGCUUACCAGGUUGGAAGGCUGAAGGAUGAGGGCAAGGCUGCGCCAGAGAUGAUCUCUAUGAUCAAGCGGCAGAACUGCGAUCGUGCCCUUGUCAAUGCACGAACUCUGCAGGAGAUCUUUGGAGGAAAUGCGGCAAGUGACGAAUAUCACAUUGGCCGACACGUGUCAAAUUUGUUCGUCACCCAAACGUACGAAGGCCAGAGCGAUAUCCAUGGUGAGUUGCAUUCCCGUAAAUUUGACUUGACCAUCAUUGACACGUGCUCCAGCUCUUAUUCUUGGUCGGGCCAUCACUGGUCUGCAAGCCUUUGUUUAAAUAAAAUCAAUCGAUCAUUAAUUGAGGACGUCCACAUCUCGAUGUAUUGGCUUUGUGAGCCUUCACAAUGUUUUGUCUCAUCACAUGCCGUUCAAAUUCAUGGGCGUGAUGUUCACUGGCCCCACACGCUUAUGCAUCAGAAGUGAACUAGGCGUUUUGCGCGAUCUCCUUCGCAGAGGAGUGACUGCCGUUUUUCUGAUGUGUUGACCGGGAUAUCGAUUUGGUGGACCCUGACGAUCUAAGAAUAGCGGAAUUCCCACAAGGUCUCGUGACUCCUUGUUGUGAUGGACACAACAUCGUGAGGAUUUCGUGUCCAUAGUUGUUCGAAUGCGCGAAUGCGCUCAAAUAAUUUCACAGUCUUCCAAAGCAAUCCAGUA